AUGCCAGCUUUCGGCCAAGGCCACCUGCGUCCGUCCACGCCGUUGGCGUACCUGCUCUCACCCCGCGAUUACGCCGUAGUCAAGGCGACGUACUCGCAAAACGGCCCCAGCUACAGCAACACGGGCCCGAACCAGCCCGCUGCCAUCGCAGUGUCGGCUGUCAUCGGCGGCCUGGGACUUGUCACGAUCCUGUGGGUGGUCAUGAUGCGAAUCCGUGACCGGAGGAGGAAGGAAGGCGAGGCCGAGGCCGAAGCCAAGAUGAGCGCGGUCGGUCGCUCGGCUGCGACGUCGGUUUCUGAACGCGAUGCUUCAAAAUGA